UUAUGAGUCAUGACGACGACUAGUCGACUAUUCUGUCCAUACCCUCCAUUCAAUUUGGCUCUAUAUAACCUUUCUUUGUAGAAUACUAAUAAACUAAUAAUAACGAAAGAUAGAAAAAUCAUUCAGGACCUCUCAAAUGGCGUCUCUAGUAGUGACCAUCUUUUUAUCUACUAUUUUUGUGACUACUAUCGUCAGCUCGGAGACGCUGUGCCGUAAUUUCGAAUCGAUCAUCAGCUUCGGCGAUUCGAUUGCCGACACCGGGAACUUAGUCGGUCUCUCUGACCGUAACCGUCUUCCUGUGUCGGCGUUUCCCCCGUAUGGAGAGACCUUCUUCCAUCACCCAACCGGCCGUUCCUGCGACGGUCGUAUCAUUAUAGACUUCAUCGCUGAAUAUUUGGGGCUUCCUUAUGUGCCUCCUUACUUUGGAUCUAAAAAUGGAAACUUUGAGCAAGGAGUUAAUUUUGCCGUAGCUUCAGCAACGGCAUUGGAAAGUUCUUUUUUCGAGGAGAGAAGAAUUUACAUUCCUCACAGCAACAUCAGCUUAGGAGUUCAGCUAAAGAGCUUCAAGGAGAGUUUACCAAAUUUAUGUGGCUCGACUUCAGAUUGUAGAGAUAUGAUUGGAAAUGCUUUGAUUCUCAUGGGAGAAAUUGGAGGGAAUGAUUAUAAUUUCCCAUUCUUCCAACGUAGACCCGUUGAGGAAGUCGAAGAGCUGGUUCCGCUGGUAGUCAGCACUAUUUCUUCUGCAAUCACGGAGUUGAUUGGUAUGGGAGGAAGAACCUUUCUAGUGCCCGGAAAUUUCCCUAUUGGAUGCUCAGUGGUCUAUUUAACAUUGUAUCAGACAUUAAACAAGGAAGAAUAUGAUCCAUUAACAGGAUGUUUGAGAUGGUUGAACAAGUUUGGAGAAUACCACAACGAGCAGCUUCAGGAAGAACUCAACAGACUCAGGAAGUUGAACCCUCAUGUCAGUAUCAUAUACGCUGACUACUACAACGCUUUGUUGCGCCUUUUCGAAGAACCAGCCAAAUUUGGGUUUGGGAACAGACCCUUCCCUGCUUGUUGCGGUGUAGGAGGACCGUACAACUUCAGCUUCAAUAGACGUUGUGGAAGUAUUGGAGUGGAAACGUGCAAUGAUCCUUCAAAGUAUGUGGGCUGGGACGGUGUUCAUAUGACUGAGGCUGCAUACAAAUUGAUAGCUGAUGGAAUACUCCAAGGACCGUAUGCGGUUCCUCCUUUCAAUUGGUCUUGCCUCAGCUCCGAGACUAAAUCAGAAAUCAUUAGACACAAAUUAUUCUUUGAUGAACGUUCAUACAACCUUGUCUAAAACUUUGAGACAAGAGAGAUAAUGAGAAGAUAAAAAAAAGCAUAUAUGUACUUUUUCCGAUUUGUUGUA